CAUGUUGACCAACGUAAUAUGUGAUUCAAGUUAUAUAAGCAGACUGAGACAUUGAGGUCUCUAUUAAGAUCCUCUGUAUAAUCUUAUUUCUGUUGUAGCUUGUCAUAAAUAUGUACAGCUAUUACUUUCUAAUACUUGCUGUGCUACACAACUGCUUUGCUAAUACGCAGAGUGUUUCGGACCCAGGAAAAUGCAGACUUGUCUUCAGCUCCGAUGAGGUCCAAGUCAUUUGUGUGUCUGUUAACUUCAAACAGUUACCCAGCAAGGACUUCCCAGGUAACACUACAGACCUCAGCGUACACUCCAGCAAUUUAAGCUCCAUUACAUCUGAUGACCUGAAGAUCUUUUCCCAUCUGAGGCGGCUCAGUCUGAUCAGAAACCAGCUGCGUACAUUACCUGCGGACCUCCUUUUGGGCCUAUCUAAUCUUCAUGUGCUUGACCUUACAGGUAACAAACUGACAGCUUUAUCAUCGCAAGUGUUUCAUCAUUCUCCUCUUGUGGAGCUCACACUCUCAGAUAACCGGCUCUCUGACAUAGAUGCUGACUGUCUGCCUGUAAACAGCUCUCUCCAGAGGUUAGAUUUGUCAUCUAACAAAUUUACCCAGCUGCCCGUGGCCUUCCUGCAAAGACUCCACAAUCUAGAGAGCUUAGACUUCCGAAAUAAUCAGCUGGAGGAACUGACUCCUGGAGCUCUGACCUCUCUGCCCAAACUUGAGGCUCUGUACCUGGAAAACAACAGACUGAAGUCCUUAGAUGUAUCAGCAUUCACUGGGAAAUCCACACCUUCGCCAGAUGUUCUUGAGUGGCAACCGUUUGGAGAGGCUGCCUGAUGGAAUUUUCCUCAAGCAGGACGAACUUGUUUUCCUUGACCUCAGGAACAACUAUCUGCAAAACCUGACUCCAGGUACAUUGGAUGGACGUCUGUAUGCUGUGCUGUCUGGUAAUCCAUGGCACUGCAGCUCUAGUUUGGGAUAUCUAUGGCAUUGGCUGCGUAUGAAUAAAAAAAGAAUUUUACAUGAUGAUAAAAUCACUUGUCAAACACCUGAACACAUGAAGGGUAGAAACAUCACUGAAAUCGCUGCCACAGAGCUUGGCAUCAAGGACUAAGAAAACACAUAUUUUAAUAAAAUACAUAUUUUAGAACAUGCUGUCAAAUAUAUUUUUUAAAUCUUCUAAAUACUUUACAAACUGUGAAAUCUGAAAGAUUUACUUACAUAAUGAUCAAGAAUUCAUAUUUCAUGAUUUCACUAUACGCUAUCAAAUUUAUUAUUAUUAUUUAUUUUUUAUCAAAUUUAUUAUUUAAGGCUACUCCUUAAAAUUUCGUAUAGACCUUUAAAGUAAAUGUUUAAAAAGUUUUUUUGAACUCGAAAAUCUUACCUAUUUACAAAUAUUUUUGGAUAGUUUCCAGUUAACUAAACACCUGUUUGGUACUAUUUUUAAGAGCACGAAAACCUGAUGUUGGGCAGCAGAGGGCACUAAACUCUAAUCGAAGUAAUAAGAGGUACAUAUUUUAUGUCCUGAGGGAAAUUUACAUUUUUAAUUUUGUACGCUUGUCUUUUAUAACUGUUCUGUCUGAUAUUGCUUUUAAUAAUACAUUAUAAACUGUAAUUCA